UGCGUCGGUGUUUUACAGCAAAGCUCCAACAUUCCGCUUCAAGUAUCGAUAUUCAAGUGCUUGCAUAAUUUAGCGAAAACUUUGUCCUCCACCAACAUUCAUAUUGUCAAGUUCAAAGAACCGAAUGAUCAAGUUCUCUUGGAUUUUGUUCUUAAGCACUGUUUCCUAGAAGAUACUCCUGAAGUAUUAUUAAGUACCAAAAGAAAUUUGUUGAAAAGGAUAAUGAACAUGUGCACCAUAGAUAGUUUGAAUUCUACCGUUAUUCCAUACAUUUACGCUUAUUACACAACUAAAAACUAUACUGAUAUCUUCGAAGAUAAUUUUAAAGAGAUGGAGCCGCGAUGCAAAUGCGUUAUGAUCUUAUGCGUGUUCAAGUAUUUAUUAGAUACUAAUAAUCUGCCACAGUUGAAGGUACUCGCUUCUACAUUCGCUAAAAUCAUGGAAGCUGGUUCGAUCAUGAAUCUUUUUCAGCUAUUCUUUCAAUACAUCAACAUAAACGAGAGCAACACACUUUUGCUGAAACAUAUGGUACCAUUUAUGAAGAAGAUUAAAGCAGGCAACAAACGACAACUGAAAAUCUUUAUCGACGAAAAAAUCAGUCACUCGCUGCAUGAAAACGUUGCUAUUAAACAAUUCUUAUUAUUGCUUCGUUAG